AGAAACCAGAAGUUGCAGGAAAUGCUUUGUGUGGGGCCUUCCAGAGGAAUAAUAUAGAAGCCAGUUGAGAGUUAAUCGGAAUAUUUGGGUGUGUGGCUAUAUGAGGAGUUACUUGGAUGGAAGAGACAGCAAUGAACAGAUUUUCUUUCUCAGAAGAGACUAAGGAUUUUCAUGUGAUAAUCUACUGGUAAGAAGGUUCAUUGGAAGAGCUUGCAAAAUGGAUAGAUAUUGGGAAUGGAUUUGGCUGGCUUUCAGUCUUUUAGUCUUGCUAACAGAUACUGGGUUUGGCUACUCCAUCAUAGAAGGUCCCAGAAAUUUAACAAUUCUUGCUGGUUCAGUGGCUCAUUUUAACUGUACAGUGUCAAAAGGGUAUCAGGUUUUGAUAUGGCUUUUCAAUGGAACCCCUAUAUUGACUGUACUGGGUAACGGAACACCUAUUAUAACAAAUCCGAAAUACAAUCAGGAUGGUUUUCAAAAUGGUACUGAGUUCACCUCUGGACUCAAGAUUUUUGAUGUCCAGUUACAUGAUUCUGGAGAAAUAAAAUGCAGCCUCCAGAACUUUCAGGACGAUAAAUACGCAUUUCUUUCUGUUCAAGUUAAUGGAUCUUUGACUAUCAAACCUGGCAACUUGACAGUAAGAGAGAACCAAACAACUGAGAUAAUUUGUGAAGCUCUUGGAUGGGCUCCUGCUCCACAGAUUUCCUGGAUGGUAAAUAAUAUUACAUUAGAUAAUUCCAUGUACAUUACCAACCAGAGUCAAGGAUCAAAUGGCUUGUACAAUGAAGAGAGCAUCUUAACUCUGACACCAGUGACCAAUAGCACUGUGACUUGCUUUGUCGCUAUAGAUGCACUCCCUGAGCCACAGAAUGAAACUGUGACACUUACUGUGUAUCAACCUCCUUCAAUAGCAGGCGAUGACGGACGAACUCGAACUAUAAUUUUAGCAGUUGUAUUGUCAGUUGUUGGUUUCCUCCUCCUGAUCCUUAUUAUUCUGCUUAUUAUCUGCUGCUGCAAAAGAAGGAAAGACUCCAAGUAUCAAGAGGAGAUGAGAAAGGCAUCAGAAAAGAAAAAUGCUGAUAGAAAUUUGGAGACAGACAGACACAGUGGACAAGAAAAUUAUGCAUACAGUCCAGAGGAUGCAAGGCGUGCUGGGCAAAUGACAGGAGUUCCCUCUUUCUCCCCAGAUAACUCUAGCCUGUACGCUCCAGACGGGGAUUUAGACGUGAAUCCUGCAUCACAGAUCUCACCACAGUUUUUCUAGCUCAUCACAGUCUCUUCAACGUAUCUCCCCUGCCCCAUCUUUUCACAACGUUAAUCGACGUUCACAAAAAGGCGCAGCACAGCAAUCCCGGACUAUUCCUACAGUGCGAUUCAGGAGCGUCUCUUCAAAGUCCCACAAUUCCAGGGCUCCCCAGCUACGUGGUUCAAAACUGCACCCCCAUAUUUACCGAUCUGAUGGCAAACGUCGCUACACCAGGAAGGUGUACCCACAAAGGUGGCAAGCUGGUGGCCAGCAUAGAUACAUGAGGAGGCCAAAACACCAUCCUGAACAAUCAAAGGCCCAAGAUACUCAAACCCACCAUUCCAGAAAGCAGCAUUUGCCUCACAGAGGACAACAGAAGGAGAGUCCACCUCGACAAAGUGAGCCUCACUCCCAACAGAGCUGCAGGAAUUCCAGAAAAAACAAUUCUAUCCUGGCACCAGGACAAAGGUGCUCAGAGUUUUGUCUCCCCAAUAAAGGAAUUACUAUUAUUACUGAUGAUGAUGGGGAACCAGAAGUCCAAGCCCAGCUCAUCUGAGGUCUCUGCAUAAUAUUUGGACCAAGAUUUCACCAAUGUCCAUAAAAGUAGUUUAGGGUGCAAUCCAAACUUCCCAAACAGGUGGACGGGCAGAAGUGGACUCGUGGAUUUCCUGUUAGUGUCUGCAGUGGAAGCCAGCAGAAAGCCCUCGGAUGGGGUGUUUCAUGGAUGCUUUGAACUGCCUGGGUUCAACUGGAUCCUAGGUUGGCCCACUGCCAUCAAAUGACAGCAACAGGCCCAAUCCAGACCUGAUUGCUGCACCACCUCCAAGCUGACACAGCAGCUUUCCUGCCUUAUCUUCCGCCAUUGGAGCCAACUCCUAGGAGCCAAGAGGUCUUGCUCCCCCCCCCCCAAUAAAAUAUUUGAGGGAGCCAGGCUCCACCCAAGUUGAUGGGCAUUGCUAUUCAAAUGGGUGUGUACCACGUCAUGUGAUUGAUUAUGCAAAACGGGGCUUCCCUGGGCCACCCAACAUUUUAUUCAAGUUGGCACCCCUGUCUUCUGCUCCAUCCAACAUAUGUGACAGGGCUGUGGAAGCUCCAUUGAUCAGCAGUUAGGGAUAGGGUUGUGCUUUUACUUUUGUUUCUUAUUAAGCAGAGUUACUGUUAUUUUUCAACUUUUGCAUCUCUUCACAAUUGUGGAAAUGUGAACUACAUACUUUGUAAUUCUAUGCCCACUUACCUCAAUAAGACUUGCUUACUUACUCAAUGGGUCUUAUUUCUGAUUCUACUGCUGUUCUUUUUGCCAUGAACAAAUGAGAUUGGAUUUUUUAUUUUCCCCAUCUUUGAUUAACAAACUGGGUCCUAUGAAUGAAAAUAUGCUUAUUUUUCUGAGAUGUCUAAGAACAAGUGAAAUGAGUAGGGAAAAUUCCCAUUGAAUUCCACAGCAUUUAUGUCAUGCUUUUAGGACUGUAGCUAAUCCUGAAAAUUUGAUGACAUUAAUUUAAAAUUGAAAUAUAAAUUUUCUAAAUGAUAUAAACAAAAUGCCAUGGUAAUUUCUGGGAUCAAAAUUAAUGUUUAUACAUGUAUUUCUGUCCUUUAUUAUUAUUAAUAAAUUAUAUUAUUUAUUCCAUUUAUAUCCUGCUUUUCCAUCAUGGGCCUAAAGGUGGUGAUCAUGUAAUUACUGGGGUUAUUUUCUCUCUCUACAAACAAUAAAUAAGAGAGCCAUUAGAUAACCAAAUCCCAAAUUAAAAAGCAUUCAAAAUGUUUGGCAGAUAGAAUUAGAAAUACAUCCACUUCGUUGUCCUAAUGAAUUUAUAACAUAAAACAAAUUAGACAAGUAAUUAAAGGAGAAAUUAAUGCAGUAAAAGGGAAAAUGGAAUCAUGAGGCUCAGUCACUUUUGUAAAUGGACCUAUUAGGAUUUAUUGAAUGAAGGAGAAAAUAGCUGACAAGCAAAAUGAGCAGGGUGGGGGAAGGAUCCAAAAUCUCUUUGUGCGAGCACCAGAAGGGAUCCAAUACGAAUGUAGCAAGCAAGAGGAAGACGAAGGUGACAGAAUUCUGUUGAGGGACAUAUUUUUUUAAUUCAGUAGAGUGAUGGGAGUGUCUUGCUUAUUGUGCAUUAACUAAUUAGUUCCCAACGACUUGUUAAAGCCAGAUGGUCCACUAGACAAACAUAAAUGUAAAGGACC